UUUCGUCAAAGGUUCGUGCGUCGCUGUUGCGAUCGGCGUCGUCGUCGUCGUCGUCGUUUUCGUCACUGUCGGUGUGAUCGUCGUACGAAAAGGGGGUCCUACAAUCGUUGAUCCGCGAACUGUUCGGGGGCAUUUAGGCCAGCUAUAAACCGAUACCAGAACGUUUUACCGCUCAGUCAUCUUUCCAACAGCCGAAGUGAACUGAUCUCUCCUGGACUUAGGACCAGAAGACAUCAGCGAUAUUGAUAGUGGUUUUUGGUGCCAAGUAAAACCUAAAGUGUGCCGUCUGUCGACGAGCUAAAGUGACCUGUUCGGAACCUACGGGAUUUCGUUUAUUAUUGGAUUACAAAAGUGCAUUUUGGUGUAAUUUUUAAGAAUGUCCGUACUGAGAACACUGGCGCUCCUGGUCAUCGGUGCCACCGUGAUACUGGCACAGCGACGGCUAGCCCUGCCCGAUCCUAGAAGCUGUGCCAAUCGCGUACGACACGCAACGUACCGAGAUGCCCGGGGUGUAGCGCAUUCCUACUUCUUCAGCUGGGAGCACAACCCGACCCGCAACCUGGAAGUGGAUUGGCUCGACGCUCGUAAUAUCUGUCGCCGGCACUGUAUGGACGCCGUCUCGAUGGAGACGCCCCAGGAGAACGAAUUCAUCAAGCAGCGUAUCGCUCGCGGAAACGUGCGCUAUAUCUGGACUUCCGGUCGCAAGUGCAACUUCGCCGGAUGUGAUCGUCCCGAUCUGCAGCCACCGAACGAGAACGGAUGGUUCUGGUCUGGAUCGGGAGUCAAGAUCGGACCAACGACCCAGCGCAACACCGGAGACUGGAGCUAUACCGGAGGAUACGGUCAGCAGCAGCCGGACAACCGCGAAGCUGCUCAGGGUAAUGAUGAAUCCUGCCUGUCGAUCUUGAACAAUUUCUAUAACGAUGGCUUGAAAUGGCACGACGUCGCCUGUCAUCAUUUGAAGCCAUUCGUGUGUGAAGACUCGGACGAGCUACUCAACUUCGUCCGCUCUCGAAAUCCAGGAGUUCGUCUGUAAAAAGCAUCGUUUCAAAAAGGGACAUCUUGUAUGCGGUCUACAACUGAACUUUAGUCCAAAACAUUCAGAGAACCCAGUGUCCAAAAAUGAAACCCAGUCCUGCAUAUAAACGUUAUCAGAUCUGAAGCUGCCAACAUUUCGAAUAUUUAAAUUGAAGCGCUUCUCUUUCAAUUGUUCAGGAUUCUACUCAAAAUUAUAAAAUUGCAAAUAAUCCAUUUCACACAAACAAGUCAUUGAAAGGGCCUAGACCAAUCAAAGUAAGCAAUCUUCCAAAAACUCCUACAGUCAUAGUUGAUGCAAUACAAUUGUGGUGACAGAUUCAGAUUUGGCAGCGUCGAACCCAUCCAUAAAGAAGAGAACGUAUUAAAGAAAGCUGACAAAAAAGCGACAGGAGCUACACACCAUAUGUUAAUACUAAUCGUGUUUUUAUUAUUUAUUGUAUUGUAAUUAUGUUUUAAUGUAAAAGAAAAACUCAACUCAACAGUUAUGCGAAUUUUCUCUGUACAAAAAUGUUAAAAGAGAAGGAAGAAAAAAUGGUUUAGAUGAAACAGUGAUGCUAGAGCAGAAAUUGUGACAGCAGCAGGUAGAAACUGUGCACAUUUACUGUUCCAGUGUUAGUGAUUCGAUAGUUUGUACAUUUGUAAGUUUUUGUUUUCUGUGUUGGAAAAUAAAUAGUACUAAACAGUGAA